AUGACACCUGGAGACGAAGCAGCGACGGUCGGCUCGGGAAAAACUCCAGAGCGUAAAGUUAAAGCGGGCGAGGCAGCUCUGUCGAGACCCGAGAUCUGCGGUCGAGGCGCGGGAACCAAGGCGAAAGCCGCUGGCAGAAGGUCGUCGAGACUGAAAAGCGAGGCAGGUGAAGGCGGCGACAAUGAGAAUGGCUCUCAGGGUUGCAAUGGCAGGCAAAGGCGAUCCGGAAGAUCGCGCACUGCCGUCCCGGCCAGCUACUACGAAGGUAGCGAGGACGACAGUGGCGGCGACAGCGACGAGGGUUCGGAUGGGAGUGACGGGGAGACGGAGGACGGGGAGGGCGCGGAGGGCGCGGAGGGCGCGGAGGGCGCGGAGGGCGCGGAGGGGGACAGCGAUGACGCGGAAGAAACGGGCGAGGAGGAGUCGGAGAGUGAUGGCGACGGAGAGGAUAGCAGCGAGAGUGAUGACCAAGAGAGUGACGAAAGCGAGCACGUAGAAGAGGAGGCGGCGCCGGCGACCGCACACGCGGACAAGGACGCGAGGGACGCGAAGCCACGAGGCGGCAAGAAGGACGGGAAUAUGACGGAGCCGAAUGAAGACGAAGAAGAAACGCUGGAAAUCUCUAGUGACGACGAUGAGGAUAUCGGUGGGGGGAAACGACCCAAGCAGAGGUGCAGCAAGCCUGCCGGAAAAGCUGCCCCCCGGAGUGCCCCUGCUAAGAACCCGCCGCGCAGGCAGUCUCCACGGCUUAAGGAGCAUCUGGGGGCGGACACCGCGCCGGCGCAAGGCAAGCGAGGCGAUUUGGCGGGUAAGCGCGGGGAGCAGCUGCGCGGAGAGGAGGAGGCGGCGGCGGAAUCGCGCGGACAAGUGCAGCGAGUGGCGAGCUCGUUGCCGGGUAGCAAGAAGCUGACGAGGCGCGACUCGGGCGUAGGCGGCUCUGCGAAGGAGAGUAACGUUCAACGUGGCGUGAAGGUUGAAGCUAAGGAGAAAGAGGAAGAAGAGGAAGAAGAGGAGGAAGAAGAGGAGGAGGAAGAGAAGGAAGAAGAGAAGGAGGAGGAAACGGACGAAGUGGAGGAUGGCGAGGAUGAAAAGGAGGAAGGAGAAGUGGAUUCAGAGGAGGAAGAGGAGGAAGAAGAGGACGAAGAAGAGGAGGAAGAAGAGGAGGAAGAAGAUGACGAAGAAGAGGAGGAGAAAGAAACCCGAGGUAAAGGAAAGAAAGGGGGGCAAAAGGCAGCCACACCCCCCGCCCCCGUGGAGAAGGUGUUGCUUGCGCGCCAACCCGCGGAACGCCAGUCCGCGGAAAGAGCGGAAAACGGGCCGAACGCAAGCACAGAAGCGGGAACGAGCGGAGCCGGAGAGGGGGCCGCAGCGGCGGAGGAAGAAGCAUCAGCGGCGGCGACUGCUGCGGUGACUGCUGCAGAGUCUCCUGCGGUGACUGCUGCGGUGCAAUUGGUGCCGCCGGUUUUCCUGGUGAAGCUAGUAGGGCGAAGUUUCCGCGACGUGGUGUGGAUGGCGGAAGCAACGCUGCAGGAUCAAUUCCCCCGCCUCCUCAUGUCCUUCCGCCAGCGAUCCCCCGCCGCCCGCGGCGCUGUCAAGGACGCUCCUGCUGCUGCCGCUGCGGCUACUACCGCGGCUGCUGUUACAACCGCACCUGCGCGCGGCGCGACUGCCGAGCGGAACGACGACGCUGACGUGGAGGUCCUCGGUGCUGAGUCGGAUCUGGUUCUUCCGUUUGAUCCGGACUACCUGCGCGUGGACCGCGUUAUAAGCACGAAGCGAGGGCGGAAGAAGGAUGCGAUGCGAUACUUGGUCAAGUGGAAAGCGCUUCCGUACACGGCCGCCACGUGGGAGGACGACAGCGCGCUUCGGGACGACCCGGACGAUGUCCGGGCAGUCGAAAAGUUUCACACCUUCUACGAUAAAGCCGCGAUGCGGCGGCGCGCUCCGGUGGCCGUGAAACGCGGAGAGCCGGCGUCGAUGGGAGUGGCGUUCAAGAACGGGCGCACGCUGCGCGAGUACCAGGUGGCGGGCGUUGAUUGGCUGUACCACAACUACAACAAGGGCGUGAAUUGCAUUCUGGCGGACGAAAUGGGGCUGGGGAAGACCAUGCAGUCCGUCGCGCUGCUGGAGACAGUCCGCCUGCGCACGGGCGUGCGCGGGCCAUUCCUGGUCGUUGCGCCGGUGUCCACGCUCCCGCACUGGCAGCGCGAGCUGGAGUCGCUUUCGUCCUCCGAGAUUAACUGUGUGCCGUUCGUCGGGUCUAAGGACGACCGCGCGCUGAUCCGCGAGCACGAGCUCGCGCACCCCAGCGGCCGCGGCGUGGUGCUGACGAGUUUCGAGAUUCUGCAGAAGGACCGCAGGCCUCUGAAGGACGUGCGGUGGGAGCUGUGCAUCGUGGACGAGGCUCACCGCAUGAAGAGCACGACAGCCAAGACCACAGCAGCGCUCAAGGAGCUGUGCAUCAGGCGAGGAGGGCUGCUGCUGCUCACAGGCACGCCCGUGCAGAACAACACUCGCGAGCUCUUGUGCGUGCUGCAAUCGGUUGGUGGGAGUGGGGUGGGGUGGUGCUGCAAGCGGUUGGGGGAGUCAGGUGGUGCCGCUCCUAUUAUCAGUCUCUUCCCAGCCCCUCCCCUCUUUCUCUCUUUGCCCCCUGACUCCUCACCCCUCACCCGCUCUCCCCUCACCCGCUUUCCCCUCACCCGCUUUUCCCUCACCCGCUUUCCCCUCACCCGCUUUCCCCUCACCCGCUUUCCCCUCACCCGCUUUUCCCUCACCCGCUUUUCCCUCACCCGCUUUCCCCUCAUCCGCCCUCCCUUCCCAGCCACUCCCUUCUCUCAUACGCCCACUCUCCUCACUCGCACUCCCGCUUGCCCCUCGCCUGAUCUGCCGUCAACUGCACCCUAUUUCGCCCUCCCCCCCUCCCACCAUAUUCCCCUACCCCCCUCCUCCCAUCCCUUGUGUCGUCCCCCACCCAGUGGUCUGCUAAACGUCCUCGACCCAGCCACGUUCGGCGACGAGGCAGACUUCCUGGCCAGGUUCGGCAACAUCACGGACGCGGAGCAGGUUCGGGUGCUGCAGGAGGAGGUGCUUCGGCCGAGGCUGCUGCGGCGGAUGAAGGAGGACGUGGAGAAGAGCCUGCCGCGCAAGGAGGAGGUGAUCGUGUGGGUGGAGCUCACAAGAGACCAGCGCCGCUACUACCAGGCUCUCUACCGGAACCGCAUUGGCACGCUGCUGCAAGGAGCUUCGAACAAGAACCUGCCGAAUCUGCGAAAUCUGGCCAUGGAGCUGCGUAAGCUGUGCAACCACCCGUUCCUGUGCAACGGGCUAGAGGAGGACAUGCGCAUGUUGGUGCAGGGCAGUGGCAAGAUGGUGCUGCUGGACAAGCUGCUGCCCAAGCUCAAGACGGCCGGCCACCGCGUGCUCAUCUUCUCCCAGUUCGUGAUAAUGCUGGACCUGCUGGAGGACUAUCUCACGGCCAACGGGCACAUCUACGAGCGACUUGAUGGCUCCAUCAAGGGCGAGCAGCGCCAGGCGGCUAUUGACCGCUUCUCAGCGCCAGGCAGCCCGUCCUUUGUGUUUCUGCUCAGCACCAAGGCGGGUGGACUCGGUAUCACCCUCACUGCUGCGGACACGUGUAUCAUCUACGACUCGGAUUGGAACCCUCAGAACGACCUGCAGGCCAUGGCUCGCUGCCACAGGAUCGGGCAGAGCAAGGACGUGAAAGUGUACCGCCUAAUCACCCACCGCACGUACGAGCAGCAGCUGUUUGACUGUGCCUCGCGCAAGUACGGCCUAGAGGAAGCCAUUCUGGGCAACUACCAGGGCGGCAGCGGGGGUAGUGGAGAAGAAGAAGGGGCAGGCGAGGGGGGAGGGGAUGGCGGGAGUGGGGGGAACGGUGGGGGUAAGGGAGGGGGGCGUGGCAAGGGGGGAAAAGGCGUGGGGGGAGCAGGAGGGGCGGGAGGGGGAGUCUCGGGGGGAGGAGGGAUGAAGAAUCCGGAGCAGAGUAAGGAUAUCGAGAGUCUGCUGCAGCACGGCGCGUAUGAGCUGUUCAAAGACGAGGCGGCGGAGGACAGCGUGCGGUUCACGGCAGAGAACAUCGACCAGAUCCUGGAGCAGCGCACGCAGACUCGCACGAUAGGCGGAUCCGGUACAAGCACAUUCUCUAUAGCCACUUUCGCUUCAGAGGAACCCGAGGGGCCAGAGGAAGCAGCAGAGGAGGAUCAUGAGAAUCCAGACGGGGACAGGGGAAGUCCUGAAAGAGGGGGGACUGGUAGUGGGGGUGCUGGAGAUGAGAAUGAGAAUGAGAUUGCUGGUGGUGGCAGCAACAAAAGGAGCCUGCCGGGCAGCUCGGGCAGCAAAAGAAUCUCCGCUGGAUGGGUUUAUGCCGUUGGCUCGGGAGGAGAGGAGGAGGAAGAAAGUGGUUUAUGCGGAGGGAGGUGUGAGAAAGGGAGGAGGGACGGGAACGGGAGGUGCAGAGGGGGCGGAAGGGGAGUGGGGCAGAAGGGGAAGGCGGAGGAAGGGGAGAGUGGAGAGAGUGGGGAGUCUGAAAGUGGGGAGGGGAGCAGUAGGGAGGAGGGGGAUGGGAAGGGGAGGAAGAGGGGGAGAGGCGCAAUAGGAGGGGAUGAUGGGUCGGGAGAGGAUGGGGCGUGGGUUGGAGAGGAUGGGGUGAGUGGGGGCGAGUGCGAGGGGGGAAGAGCAGUGAGGAAGGCAAAGAGGGAAGGGCAAGGCGGGGUGAAGAAGGUGCGGCCGUGGAACGAAGCAGAGAUCAAACGGCUCGAAUGGAAGGUGUUCUUUUCUGCACUGGAAGGAGGUGAGUCGAGAAAAGGGCCAGCACAAUUGCACCUCUCUGUAUCCCGCAACCCUCCUUCCACCUCUCCCUCCCUCCUCCGCCUAUCCUCCUUUCUCCUCUGCCUAUCCUCCCCGCCUUCGCCCUCCUCUCACCACCCUUCUCCCGGCCCCUCUCUCCCACCGUCCCCUCUCCCCUGCCCAUCACCAGACGAGCUGCGCAAGGCAGCAAAGCUGCAGCAGCGGUCAGAGGAGGAGGUAGCAGAGGUGGCAGCGGCUCUAGCAGCAAAGCUGCAGCAGCGGUCAGAGGAGGAGGUAGCAGAGGUGGCAGCGGCUCUAGUGAGCGUCUACCGCAGCGUGCAUGCACUCCCCGAGUCACACCAACUCAGCCUAGACAUGGCUCUGCGCGGGCAGAAGUCCAAACCACACCACCGAACUAUAGAUUUCGCAGAUCCUGUCUUGAGCGCUGCCGUUGCUGCGUACGCUGCUGCCAAUCAUCCUGGCGCUGCUGCUGCGGCUGCGGAGGAGGAGGGGAGGAAGGCGGAGGAGCUUUGGCCGAAGGAAGCAGCAGGGGAGAAGCUGCCUGCUGCUGCACGGGCUGCUAUGAGCUCUGUGGCGUUCCGCCUGCGAUGCGUGAAGGGUGCAGAGAGGUACGUAAGGAGUGCAGUGAGGUAA